AGACUCACUGCAGUUUAAUGGACUGAAGUGAGACUCGCUCAGACCACGCUGGAUUUCACAUACAAUACUGUGGCUCUUUUUGUGUCGCCAACAAAUUUGAUCACAACACGGCGGUUUGCGAUGGGAAGGCUCUAAUGUGACCCUUGACCUCUAUCUUUCUCUGCAUUGCUAUUUUCUUCAGAGGGCCACUUGUGCGCUCCACAAUAACCCGAGUCAGAAGAAGAAGCACAUUUCGACAGGGGGAGAAUAAUGGCAUGCCAGGGUCGCAAUGUGGAGCCGCUGGGGAACCAUGGGAACGAGGGCCAGCACGCCUUUAGUAAAAACUCAUCCCGAGGCCUCUAGAGAUCAUGCAGCCCCAUUGAUGCGAUCCAAGACCUGUGCAAAAUUGAUGCCAAAAUAUCCAAAGACCUGGAGCGUGCAGUUUCCUGCGCAGAAGCUGUGGUGGUCAUGGAGGAGCAAAGAGCAUGAGACACCCACAGGUGACCUACUCACACCUGCAGUUUCUCCAAGAUGGAUUUCCAGCGUUCUCCAGCCUCCAAUGCCAAGACUGCAGGUCUGCACAGGAACUUUUGUCCAGAGGAAAAAUGGUGGUGUCCAACUGAGCCUGGUCUCUUCCUUUACUUUCGUCACUUUGUGAAGUUUUGUUCCUCACUUGGUUUGGGACUUGUGGAGCUGUACAUCGAUGGAUUUGCUCUUCAGUGUUUGGACUUUCAGCAGUGACAAAUAAACUACAGUGAAGUGAACUAAACUGAACUUCAACUUUGAAAUCUGGACUGACACAGUUUAAAUUUACUAGAGCUUCUAUGUUAAGCUGCUUUGACAUUGUCUAUAUUGUAAAAGCGCUAUAGAAAUAAACAUGAAUUUAAUUGAAUUACUGAAUAAAGCAGCACCUUUAAAGCC